AUGGUGGGAUUUAUAUAUCACCUGCUUGGUGCUGAUGAUGAGGGUGCAGGCUAUCAACUGAUGAUUUUCGCUCACGUGAUCGAAAAUGCUGAAGGAAUUGUUUACGUUGCUUAUGCUAUCGAAACAGCACAGUACAAAAUUGUCUUGUCGUUACAGAUGAACCGCCCAAUGCAGGUGAAGCCGGCAGACAGCGAAAACCGCGGCGAAGAUCGCAAGCUGUUCGUUGGGAUGCUGUCUAAACAGCAGACGGAGGAGGAUCUUCGAGCGCUGAUGGAGCCGUACGGUAACUUGGAAGAGUGUACGAUUCUCAGAGGACCAGACGGCGCCAGCAAGGGUAUUAUGAGUUCACCGUUGCCGCUGACAGUGAUUAAUCGUUCGUCGAUUAACGCAGGUUGUGCCUUUGUAAAGUUCAGUUCUCACCUUGAGGCUCAAGCGGCCAUCACCGCUUUACACGGAAGUCAAACGAUGCCGGGUGCGUCGUCUAGCCUCGUCGUCAAAUUCGCCGACACCGAAAAGGAACGACAGCUGAGGCGAAUGCAACAGAUGGCUGCUCAGCUUGGGCUUUUGAAUCCCUUACUUCUGAAUCAGUUCGGAGCGUACAACGCCGUCUAUCAGCAGGUCAUUAACAACAGCUUUUUGCAUUCUGUCAAAAAAAUCGAGGAUUUCCCUCCGCACUCAAAAUUGCUCGUUCAACCGCUCGUCAUCAACCUUCUCAAUCAACAAGCGGCUUUAAUGGCGGGCACCGCGGCAACGCAGGGCACAGCGGCGUAUUUGGCGCCGGUGGCCAUCGCCCCCGGAGCAGCAUUUUCUCUGGCACCCAUCGCCGCGACGCCAUUCCUUCCCGGUGCGACGUUGACGAAUGAGGCUGAUGCUCAACCUUUCGACGUUAAGACUAUCGACGCGCUUUCUGGCUAUCCAGCUUUAUUGAUUACUUCAUUGGAAUCGAUGAAGCAGCCGAAAUGGAUGGCUAGGGUGUUCCUUUCGGCUGUUCUUGGUUUGGUUUCGGAGCUACGACUCGAUUAA